AUGAUCGCGGGGGAGUGUGCGAGCUUCCGCCAAAAACAAAAACAAAACAGUCCAAGCGCAAACCUGGAACGGGCGCGCCGGCACCAAGUUGGCCAAACACUAGAGAGUUUUCCGUCUGCAGAAACGACCCGGGAGAAGGGAGGCACCGCUCCCCGCGGUGCUCCAAGCGGCUUCGGGAGAAAGCCCGCGGCCGGCUGCGGCUGCCCGCUCCCCUCCUCCGAGGAAAGGCGACUCCACAACUUUGUGCGCGAGCGGCUCGCUCCGGCGGCUCCUCCUCCGCCUCCUCCCCCGCCGCCGCCGGCCUGCCCCUUUGUUGGAGAGCAGCGCAGGAGGCAGAAGAGGGAGGGGGCGCGCCGCCGUCCCCCCGGGAAACGGGCUCGCGGCCGGGCACCCCGGGGCCGGCCCUCCCCGGGAGGAGGCGGCCGAGCGCUCCCGCUCACCCCCGGCCCCCGGCCCUCGGCCCUCGGCCGCCGGCCCCCGCCGCCGCAGGCCCAGCAACUUUGUUCCGAGAGAGCCGCCCCUCUCGGCUCCGGUUCGGCCCCGGCCCGGCCCAGGCGGCCACCGCGGGCUGGGCUCCGGGAACGUGGCGCCCCGGGUCACCUGACCGCGCGCCCCGUCAAUCAGCUCCCGCCCCGCGCUCCCUCCCCGCCCGCAGCGGCCGGCCCGGCGCUCGGCUGGCCUGGGGCUGCGCGCCCCGCGCGGCUCCCCGAGCGUGCGGCGCGCCGGGAGCUAGGAAUGGAUGCCUCGCGCAGCACCAUCCCCUUUAUUCAGAUUACCCGAACGUGUGAGUCACGCCCCCACCUCGGGCAAACCGGGUAGUUCUGGAGAUCUUGUUCUCUUCCAGAGUCCCUUUGGAGGAAACCAGCUAUCGUGUCAUGAGCCGCCCUUUGAAAGGCAGCAGCCAGCAAGGUACUGAAGUCCCACACGAGUGAGCUUGGAAAUGGAUACCCCCACCCCGUCGAACCGUGCGAUAACUGCAGUCCUGCCAACAUCUUGACUACAACUUUAUGAGAGACCCUGAACCAGAACCACCAGCCAAGCCCUCAUUUCCUGACCCUCGGAAACUAUGUAAGAUAAUAAAUAUUUAUUGCUUUCAGCA